UCCUGAUGUGUCAUAAUUAUUUUUGUCUGAUAUCACAUAUGUAUUUCCGAACUUUCUGGCGUUAGGUAGUCAUUAUAAAAAUACAAUUUUAUGAUUAUAUUGUGUUAUUUUAUAAGUACUUAAGUUGGUUUACAUUUGUGUUUUUUUGUAUCAUUGUUCCUUUAUAAUAUUAAUAAUUUAGUUUAUUAUUUAUUCAGAAAUAAUAUGAAAUGUUCCUUUAAUCAAGUAAGCUUUGAAGCAGGUCGUGUUUAUUUAUUUUUGGGUUCUCAGCCAUUUUAAAGGAAAUUUAAUAUAUUUUUUUCCCGAAUCCAAUUAAACUGUCGUGCGGUUAGAAGCCCAUUUUAUUCCACCGGUUCUAUGCCACUGGCAGACUUUUGCUGUCCGUUGUCAAUCUGUGACCGCCUGCCACCCUUUAAGCAGUCGCUCGCCAUGCCGCUCUUCAACAAGAAGUUCGAAUCGAAGCCCAUUCCGGUGCGUCAGGGUCGUUGCAAUAUUGGACAUCCGGUGGCCACCGAGGAGCUGGACGACUUCCGCCAGAUUUCCCUGACUCUGGGUAACAAGGAGCUGCGCUUUGCGGACGGCAUCUGGAUGCAUUCGUCCAGAAAGGGCGACGUGGACGACAUGCUCAGGCUAAACAAGAAGUUCCGGGCCCUCGAGGAGGAGAACAAUAUGUGCAACCUUAAGAUCGAGGUAAUGCUGGAUCUCCUGGCGGAGCAUGCCACGGAACUUGGUGAAUUAAAGCCAAAGGAGAAAUAAUAAGAAAGAGAAAUAAAAUAUAUGUAUAAAGUAAAUAU